ACAAGGCACCCAGCAGCCAGCACCCCACGGUGUUCACCCUGCACCCCAACCGGUCCCUGCUGCUGCUGCUCUCCGGGCGCUCACCGCCAGGCGCGCGUGUCCGCCCGCGCCCCUCCCCGUCCGGGUCCCCAUCCCUGUCUCCGCCAGCAAAGCACUGCUGAAGAUGGCUAGCCGGGCGCCCGAGGAGGAACACUGCACACAAGGAUGCCCGGCCCCGGCAACAGAGGAGCAGGCGCCGCGGCCCGGGGUUCCCGGGGAGGAAGCGGCGUGGGAGGCAGAGCCGGAGGUCGCCGGGCCUCAGGUGGAGGAGGCCGCGGGCAGGGUGGCCGCCGCCCUGACCUGGCUGCUCGGGGAGCCCGUGGUGUGGCUGGGCUACCGCGCCGACGAGCUCCUGAGCUGGAAAAGGCCGCUGAGCAGCCUGCUCGCCUUCCUGGGUGCCAACCUGCUGUUCUGGUUCCUGGCAUUGACUCCUUGGAGAGUUUAUCAUCUCAUUUCUGUCAUGAUUCUUGGCCGUGUCAUCAUGCAAAUCGUCAAGGACAUGGUUUUGUCCAGGACGAGAGGUGCGCAGCUGUGGAGAAGCCUCAGUGAAAGCUGGGAAGUCAUCAAUUCCAAGCCUGAUGAAAGACCCAGACUGAGCCACUGCAUCGCAGAAUCAUGGAUGAAUUUCAGCAUAUUUCUUCAGGAAAUGUCACUUUUUAAACAGCAGAGCCCUGGCAAGUUUUGUCUCCUGGUCUGCAGUGUGUGCACGUUUUUCACCGUCUUGGGAAGUUACGUACCUGGCGUCAUACUGAGCUACCUACUGUUGCUGUUUGCUUUUUUGUGUCCACUUUUUAAAUGUAAUGAUAUUGGACAAAAAAUAUACAGCAAAAUCAAAUCCAUUCUAUUGAAGCUAGAUUUUGGAAUUGGAGAAUAUAUUAACCAGAAGAAACGUGAGAGAUCUGAAGCAGAUAAAGAAAAAAGUCACAAGGAUGACAGUGAAUUAGACUUUUCAGCCCUUUGUCCUAAGAUUAGCCUCACAGUUGCUGCCAAAGAGCUAUCUGUGUCGGACACAGAUGUGUCCGAAGUAUCUUGGACUGACAAUGGGACCUUCAAUCUUUCCGAAGGGUACACUCCACAGACAGACACUUCUGAUGAUCUUGACCGGCCCACUGAGGAAGUUUUCUCUCGAGAUCUUUCAGAUUUUCCAUCUCUGGAAAAUGGGACGGGAACAAAUGAUGAAGAUGACUUGAGCCUUGGUUUACCUGCGGAGCUCAAGAGAAAAAAGCAGCAGUUGGACAGUGGUCACAGACCAAGCAGAGACAGGCAAUCGGCUGCUGGUCUCUCCCUUCCUCUGAAUAGCGACCAAGCUCUUCACUUGAUGAGCAACCUGGCCGGGGAUGUCAUCACAGCUGCAAUGAGUGCUGCUAUCAAAGACCAGUUGGCAGGGGCCCAGCAGGCACUUGCUCAGGCUGCACCCACUCUAGGAGAGGACACGGACACUGAGGAAGGGGAUGAUUUUGAACUACUUGACCAGGCAGAGCUAGAUCAAAUUGAGAGUGAACUGGGACUAACACAAGACCAAGAGGUGGAAGCCCAGCAAAGUAAGAAGUCUUCAGGCUUCCUUUCAAAUCUGCUUGGAGGCCAUUAACUGGGAGUCAGCUUGCAGCAAAGCACAGACAAACCACCCAAAAAUUUCAAACAAGCAGGGGGAAAAAAUGGAAAAAAUGGAAUCGUAAGCUUUAAUUACUUUAGAUUUUUUUGUUUUCUUUUCCCUUCUAUAGCGAGCUGGGUAUGUGUCAACUGAUGAUAGACUGACAUUUCUGAUAGCUAUUUUUGUGUAUUAAGCAUGGAAAUGAACUUUAUAGUUAUAUAUACAUACUGUGCUGUCAUAAGUGAUUAAAGGUUGUUUUUAAAGUGAAGAGAGAGAGAGAGA